GGUGGCUGCUGAUGCCGGGGUCCGGAGGCAUGGCGGGGGCGGGGCGGGGGGAGGUGUGCACGGAGCAGGCUAGGGCGACCCUUGCCCUGGCCCUAUGAGCCAGGACCCUACAGAUAUGUUAUAAUGGAUCAUCAUGUUUCCACGAUUAAACCUCGAAGAAUCCAAAACCAGAAUGUCAUUCACCGCUUAGAACGCCGGCGCAUCAGUUCAGGCAAGGCCGGAACCCACUGGCAUCAGGUCCGAGUGUUCCACCAAAAUGUCUUCCCCAACUUCACAGUUGUCAAUGUCGAAAAGCCUCCUUGUUUCUUGCGUAAAUUCUCACCUGAUGGCCGCUACUUCAUUGCUUUUUCCUCUGACCAGACGUCACUUGAAAUCUAUGAGUACCAGGGCUGUCAGGCAGCAGAGGACCUCUUGCAGGGCUAUGAAGGGGAGAUCUUGUCUAACGGCAACGACCAGGGGUCAGUCAGCAUCCGAGGCCGGCUCUUCGAGCGCUUUUUUGUCCUGCUGCACAUUACCAACGUAGCGGCCAAUGGUGAGCACUUGAACCGGGAGUGCAGCCUCUUCACUGAUGACUGCCGGUGUGUUAUCGUGGGCUCCGCUGCCUACCUCCCAGAUGAGCCUCACCCUCCUUUUUAUGAGGUGUAUCGGAACAGUGAAUCAGUGACCCCCAAUCCACGAUCCCCGCUCGAGGACUAUUCCCUCCACAUCAUUGACCUUCACACUGGCCGUUUGUGCGACACACGCACAUUCAAGUGUGACAAAGUCGUCUUGUCACAUAACCAAGGGCUUUACUUGUACAAAAACAUCCUGGCCAUAUUGUCUGUGCAGCAGCAGACCAUUCAUGUCUUCCAGGUGACUCCUGAAGGCACAUUUAUUGACGUUCGGACCAUUGGUCGCUUCUGCUAUGAGGAUGACCUGCUCACCGUGUCGGCUGUUUUCCCCGAGGUGCAGCGGGACAGCCAGACAGGCAUGGCCAACCCUUUUCGGGACCCUUUCAUCAACUCCUUGAAGCACCGGUUGCUGGUUUAUCUGUGGCGCAGGGCGGAACAGGAUGGUAGUGCAAUGGCGAAGAGGCGCUUCUUCCAGUACUUUGACCAACUGCGACAGCUGCGCAUGUGGAAGAUGCAGCUCCUGGACGAGAGCCAUCUGUUCAUCAAGUACACCAGUGAGGACGUGGUGACGCUGCGGGUCACGGAUCCCUCUCAGGCGUCCUUCUUUGUGGUGUACAACAUGGUGACAACAGAGGUGAUUGCAGUGUUCGAGAACACGUCCGAUGAGCUGCUGGGGCUCUUUGAGAACUUCUGUGACCUCUUUCGCAAUGCCACCCUGCACAGCGAAGUCCAGUUCCCUUGCUCAGCUUCUAGCAACAAUUUUGCAAGGCAGAUCCAGCGCCGGUUCAAAGACACGAUUAUAAAUGCCAAGUAUGGAGGGCACACGGAGGCUGUGCGCCGGCUACUAGGCCAGCUCCCCAUCAGUGCUCAGUCUUACAGUGGGAGCCCCUACCUGGAUUUGUCUCUCUUCAGCUACGAUGACAAGUGGGUGUCAGUCAUGGAGCGACCCAAGACUUGUGGAGAUCACCCGAUCAGGUUCUAUGCCCGGGACUCUGGCUUGCUGAAGUUUGAGAUCCAGGCGGGCUUGCUGGGCCGCCCCAUCAACCACACAGUGAGACGCCUCGUUGCCUUCACCUUUCAUCCCUUUGAGCCUUUUGCCAUUUCUGUACAGAGGACUAACGCAGAGUAUGUUGUCAACUUCCACAUGCGACACUGCUGCACCUAGCUGCCUCACCACAACCCCUGCUUUACUCAAUGGAUGUCAGAGCAAAAGCU